CUCUGUCUCUAUCUUUUUCCCUACUGUACUAGGCCUCUAUAAUAUACUUUUCCAACUUUGACACCAAAGUCCCUCUUUCACAUUUCUUCUCAUUUUUGCAACAAAGCUUUCUUCCGUACACAUUUCCUUACUCUUUCUGUUGCUUAUUUGCUUGGUUAUGGAGAGCCAAGAUCACAAAAUAACAACCCCAUCAGGGCCUGAGAAUCAUGGGCCACAUUUGUGUCAUAAAUGUGGUUGGCCUUUUCCAAACCCGCAUCCUAGUGCUAGACACAGAAGGGCUCACAAGAAGGUCUGUGGAAAAAUUGAAGGAUAUAAGCUUAGUGAAUCUGAAGCAGGUAAUUCUACCCAUUCAGCAGUUUCUGAUGACGAGCAUCACUCAGAUGGAGAUCAGCAAACUCCCAGUCCUAUUGGUAGAAAGACAAGUGUUAAAGACGGUAGUAGUGGUGACAAAUCAUAUCGAUCAGAGGACGAAACUUUCUCUGAUGCUGUCACAGAGUUUUCUGAUAGUGGGAUUAGCCCUGGCAUGGAAGAGCCUCUGGAGGGUGUCAAAAGUAUGAAUAUAAAUGUGAAAAAAGUUGAUGAUGAAUUAAUGAAGGCUGAUUCAAUUGGAGGUAUCUCAGUUUCUGUAACUGACAACCGGCACACUGCCGAAAUAAAUGAUCCAGAGUCACUUGAAAGUGCAACCAAUCAGCCAGUGGCAGAUAAAUCUUUGGGCUCAAAGCUUGACAGACCGGUCAACGUACAAUCAGAUGCCAGCCCUGUUAAAUCCGAGAUCCCAGUGGAUGCUUCUCUGCAGGAGAUAAAAGAAACUGAAUCUAUUGAAGCCAAGCAAGUGCAGGUGUCUUCUGGCCAGCCAAAUGAUUUGAAGGGGAUAGAAGCUAUCAAUGCCGGUGAAGGUUUAGUUGAUGCUGUUGAGGCUUCUUUUGAAGUGUCUCAAUCAGUGGUAUCUGAUACAGAUGAAAAGACGUCAAAUAAUGAAAGUUAUGAGUCAAAGCCACAGGAGGCAGAGGGAAAAAGGUCAGACCCUUUAAGCUUGUCUUCUGAUUUACUUGGUGCAAAUAGAAAAUUUUCAGUUGUGGAGUCUAAGUUACUUGAGGCAGAGGAGCAAGCCACAGAUAGUGUUCCCAAUGAAGCGGAACUACAGCAUAACGAGAAAGAAAAUCCCAAUUCUGCGGACUUGAAAUUAGCCUUUUCCGAAGCUGAAGUUAAAUCUUUAGAUGGUGUGGAUGCAUAUAAGGAGCAUGAGCAACUUGAUAAGGCGGAGCAGGACAAACAGAGAAUCUCCACUGAACUUUCACCUUAUGCUGCACCCAUAUUGGAAUCAAAAGCUGUUUCGCCUAAUGAAAUAGAUGGUGGUCGUCAAAUGGAGCUUUCUGACUCAUCCAAAGCUGAGGAACGGAGGGAAGAUGUGCAUGUGGUGUCUUUGGCUAAAGAUUUACCUGCAUUAGACAACCCUGAACUGCUUAAAGAUUUUAAAGACUACAAUAAAUUCAAAUCUAGUUUUCCAUUGGAUCUAGGCUCUUCUGAAGAAAUUUUCUCUGCAAAAGAUGAUGCUGUUGCUGCAUCAGAGGUGUCUCAAUCUUUUGUGGACACUGGCAGAUCUGAUGGAAGCAUAUCCUCAGUAGCUUUGGAUGUUUCAAGGGAUCAGGUUAGUGAAGAAAAGGUGGCAGUAUCCGCAGAGGGUAAAACAGAUUCAAGUGGAUUAGCAUCCAAUCCAAAUACCUUACAGUGUGGAGUGUCGAGUAUUCCUAACUCCAAUAGUCUUCAAGAACCUGAAGACUCAUCAAAGAAUUCUCUUUCAUCUUACCAGGAAGAAGCCAAGCAGUCAACAAAAGUUGAUGAUCCUGUAAUUGAAAGAACCGAAGAAACAAGUUUUACCAUGGCAGAGGAUAACAAGGGUGGACAUCCAGAAAAUGAGCUUCUUGCAAAAAAUGAAACAGCCCCUGUAGCCACUUCUUGUUUGUCUGAAGCUAUUCAAACUGCGGUCACUCUUGGAGGAAGUGACCAUGACGAACAUGAAAAGGUCAGAACCGAAUGCCCAAUUGUAGCUGGGGCUGAAACUGAGAAAGAAAUGACCAAGGAAAAGCUGCCAGGAGUUUCUGAAGGUGAUAAAACUAUCUGCCCAGUUGGAGGACAUAAUGACCAUGCUAUAGUUACAGACACAACUGUUCAUGAAAGCCGGGAAGAAAUUUGCCAUGAAGCCUCUGAAGACAGCUCAAUUAACAAGGAUUCCAAAGCAUUGGAUUCUGCAAGUGCAACUGGAUUGGAUUCCAAAGUAAUCAGUGAUUGUGACGUGAAAGAGCCCACUGGUUUGAACAGUCGUGUUGUCGAUACUGAUUUGUACAGUCGUGUUGUCGAUAACUCCCAUGCAGGAGAUGUCCUUAAAAGUGCCACUGGUGUCAUUUCAUCAGCCUCACAGAAUGAGGGUGAUGACAAGCUCAUAAAACAGCAUGACACUGUUUCUGCAGUGGAUACACCAUUGACAUCGAGUAGUAGAACGGAUAGCUUGGAUGCCAACUGGGGUUCUAUAUCAGUUCUUUCUACCCAGUCCGAGUCGACAGCUGUUCCUGAUGCCGAAAGAACUGAUACUCGAGGACUCGAGAAGUCAGAGCAUGACUUGCAGAAACCAACUUCUGGAGCUGAGGAGUGCCAUCCUGACAUGACAUUGGUUGAAUCGGGUGAAAGUAGUGCUAACAAGAAAGCCACUGCUUCAGAGAUCGAAAUACAGCUGAACGCUCAACGGACGAAAACAGAAGCUCUGAAAGCAGGGUGGUUCCCUUCUAUUACCAAUGUGGUGAAUGAAUCUCAAGGGAGAAAGAAGAACGAGGAGAUUAUUGCAAAAGUAACAAACUGGAGCACAGGGAAGCAGCAACACACUCCCUUGAAAAGUCUACUUGGUGAAGCCAGAUCUCCAAACUUAAAACAAGUUCCGCCUUCAGUUAACAAGAAAGAUGAAACUGCCAGUACUAAGACACCAACAGUGAACUCGAUUUUGAGCUCAGAUGCACCAACUGCUGUCAGUAAGGAGGCAGAGAAAGAAUGGAAUUCUCCCGCGAGGUAUCCAGUUGACAUCAAGAAGGAAAAGAGGAAGACGAAACCAUAUUGGGUACCAUUUGUUUGCUGCUCUUCAGUACAUCAAGAUGCAUAGUUCUAUCUUUGUUGCGUGAAUUCGGCUAUAUAUCUAUAUUCUUCUCUAUUAGGCUGUGCGUUUGAAAUCCUUAAUUAGACAAUGUUUCAACUGCAGAGGGAGUAUUCUUGUUUCUACAUGUAUAUUUGGAUGCAUAGGUAACUGCUUUGGGCAUUAAUUUUUCUUUUUAAAAGAAAAAUGUUGUCUUUCUUUUGCGUUUUUGUAGAAUUUGACCUUUUCCUUCAUAUGAUGUUCCAUAGUA